GCGAGUGGGUACCGAGGGACAGCCGACGUCUCGCCCUCAGUAAGGCACUGGUCGCCGCGCGGACGACUGCUCGCGCGCGCCACGCUGUCUGUCGCCUACCUGCUCUUCUGUCCUGUCUUGUCGUCGCGAUGCGCUCGCCGCCGCUGCUGCUGCUACUCCCGCACCUGCUGCUGCUGCUGUCGUCCUGGGCGGCAGCGGCGGUGCACCACGACUCCUACCUGGACCUGUUCGCGGCUCAGCAGGGUGCGCCCCAGGACCCCUGCUACGACGAGCACCGGCCGCGCCGCUGCAUCCCCGACUUCGUGAACGCGGCGUUCGGCGCGCCGGUGCACGCGUCGAGCACUUGCGGCGUGUCGGCGCCGGUGCGCUACUGCGACGCCGACGGCGCGUGCCGCGUGUGCGACCAGGCCAAGGCGCGCCUCCGCCACCCGGCCGCCUACCUCACCGACCUCAACAACCCCAACAACGUCACCUGCUGGCGCUCCGAGCCGUCGCACCCGCCGGCCGGCUCCGCGGGCGACAACGUCACGCUGACGCUCUCGCUGGGCAAGAAGUACGAGAUCACGUACGUGAGCCUGCAGUUCUGCCCGCGCGCCGCCAAGCCCGACUCGCUGGCCAUCUACAAGAGCGUCGACUACGGCAAGACGUGGCAGCCCUUCCAGUUCUACUCGGGCCAGUGCCGCAAGGUGUACGGCCGGCCCAACCGGGCGACCAUCACGCGCGCCAACGAGCAGGAGGCGCUGUGCACCGACGCGCACCGCUUCGGCGACGGCCUGCCCGGGGGCGGCGGAGGCAGCGCCGGGGGCGGCGGCGGCCUGGGGGCGUCGCGCAUCGCCUUCAGCACGCUCGAAGGCCGGCCCAGCGCCGCCGACUUCGACAACAGCCCGGUGCUGCAGGACUGGGUCACCGCCACAGACAUAAAGGUGGUGUUCAACCGGCUGACGCUGCCGCACAGCCUGGACGAGGAGGAGGCCGCGGGGGCGGCGUCCGGGCCGGCGCCGGGCCCCGGCGGAGAGCCGUCGCCGCUGCCGCCCCCGGAGUCUCUGCCGGUGGCGGCGGCCAGCAUCUCGGCCGAGCCGGGCGCCAACGGUCUGCUGGUGUACCGCGGCGGCACGCUCGCCUCGCCGCCCCCGCCGCCCCCGGGGCAGGGCGGCCCGCUGCCGGCCCACUACGCCGUCAGCGACUUCUCGGUGGGCGGCCGCUGCAAGUGCAACGGCCACUCGGCGCGCUGUGUGCCCGUGGGCCGCGACGGCGACGGCCAGCUCGCCUGCGACUGCAAGCACAACACGGCCGGCCGCGACUGCGAGCGCUGCAAGCCCUUCCACUUCGACCGGCCCUGGGGACGCGCCACCGCCACGCACGCCAACGAGUGCAAAGGUAAGCUGCCUUCCUUCAUCAUCCCUCUAUGCAUUGCCAUCCAGCAUUCCACGAGGAAAAAGGUAGUACUAGUGAUACGCCAACUUAAUUUGAGAAUAUUCUUUGCCAUAUGAACAUGC